GCAUUCGUAUUGGAAUAAGUUGUAACGUCUUGUCUUAUUUUAUGAAAAUGGGACUCAACAAAAGUAUAAUUUGUUUGAUUGUUCUGCUCGGAUUUUCUAGCAGAGCGAGGGCAAUAUCCUGCUAUUCCUGCAAUUCAAUCACAGAUGGUGCAAAAUGUGCCGAUCCCUUUGGCGACGGCAAAGUAGAGACGGGGUGCACUGCCUGUUCUAAAUUUGAUGGGUUACUGAAAGGUUUGCAAGUGGUAUUUCGAAGCUGCGAGACUGAUGGAUAUUCAAUUGGUUGCUCUUACACCACUAUUAGGACAGCCACGGGGGACCUAUGCGGUUGCACGACAGAAUUAUGUAACGCGUCAUCACGUGUAUCUAUGGCAACAGUGAUGCUCAUUCUUCUUCCAUUGUCUGUUGUUCUGUUCCUGAAAAUAUCCGAGAUGUAAACUAUGUUAGGAGUGAAAAUAAAUAAACGUGUACAUCGAAGUGCAAUUUUAUCAACGCGAUAACGAAAACAUAUUGUAUGAUCAAAAGUUUGAAGUUAAAAACUGAGUGAGUGUCACAUGCUCAGCUCCACUUAUCACUUUAGGCCCGGGCCAGCACAUGAUUUACCAAAAUGAUAAUUUUAAAAAGUCAAAAUAUGUAGUUAAACAAUUUAAGCAUUUUUAAUAUUUUUUUCAAGACAAAGUUGCAAAUGCGCCAAAGGGCAUGCUUCUAAACCCAAACCGGGCCUGCACAUAACAUUUGGUUCAGUCCUGAACGUCAAAUAUAAACUUUAAUGUUUUUAUUUCAAAAUCAAACAACUUCUUUCCCUAAACUGACAAAUAAAGGUAUUAGUUUUUAAAUUUUCAUUAUAAAUACUCCACACUUUUGAUCGCACUAUAUGUUUGUGGAUGGUUCAUAUAUGUUUUAGAUUGUCUUUUCCUUCGUUUUCCUUCGUUAAUUGACUGAUUGAUAAUUGAAUAUACGCCAUUUAUUUUGACACAAUGUGACAGUUCGUAUAACAUAUUUAUGAAACAAUUUUGGAAAAAAUGUACAAAACCAAUUACAUGUUGUCUAGCCCGUAUCUUGUGUGUUUACGUCUCGAAGGAUAAAAACAGCAACAAUAUAUAGAUAUAUGUAUAUGUUGCCUCUUUAAACAGGCAAGUGCAUGUCACAUUUUAUAGCCACUGAGUGUUAUGUAAUGUGUUUGAAUACAUUUAAUAAAUGAUGUCGUUUCAACGUUA